AUGGCCGGAGAAAACGCAGUUCACGACCAUGACUACUACACAAUCCUCAACAUCCCGUUUACAUCCUCCGCGACGCUCACGACACAACAACUCAAAUUAGCAUACCAUCGCGCGUUACUGCGACAUCAUCCCGAUAAGACAAAUACGAAGGAAGCAGACCUCGCGUCAACGCCAGACCACCAUGACGAACCCACCACGAACACCUACACAAUCGACCAAAUAACAACAGCCUACAAAACCCUCUCCUCUCCCACCCUACGCACCGAAUACGACCGCGCCCUUCGCCUCGACCGCGCGAAAACCGUCGACCGCGAGAAAAACGGCACUGUAUUCCACACAGGCCUUGAAGUCGUUGAUUUGGAGGAUCUUGUCGAAGACGACAAUGAUAACAACGGAGAAGGUGUUUGGUAUCGCGGGUGUCGCUGCGGUGAUGAACGGGGGUUUAUGAUUACGGAGGGGGAUUUGGAGAGGGAGAUUGAGGGGGGUGAGGUUGUUGUCGGGUGUCGGGGGUGUAGUUUGUAUAUGAAGGUGCUUUUUGCGGUUGAGGGAUGA